CGCCUGUCUGUUUAGUAUUGCCGUCGACGUGACGGCCUUCCACCAUCAUGUCCAACAUGUUGACUGCGUGUCGGCGAUUAGCAGGUCCGCGUACUCGACAAACUCUCGCUCUAGCUAGGUAUGCCAGUACAAGCACUAAGGAAAAAUUUCGAGUGCUUGUUAUCGGAGCAGGUUCUGGUGGGUUGACUGUCGCCAACCAGAUAUAUAACCGCUUCAAGGCUGCCGGAAAGCCUUUGAAUGCAGGGGAUGUGGUGGUCCUUGAUGCAGCAGACUAUCACUACUAUCAA